AUGCAGGAUCAGGCGAUAAGUCCAAUCAUGAUUGAGGAUGAUGAUGAUAACCAGUCUAAUUCUGUUGAUAAUAGAACUCUGGAGAAUCAAGCUAAUUCUAAUGAUAAAAUCUGUGCCACUAAUAUACAGGAUAACUUGAAGAAUCAAUUUAAUGUAAAUAGCAGGAAUAAUGCUAACGUACAAGAAAGUGAAUCUUAA